UUAAAUAUAGGGAAACAGUUGUUUGGAUUUUGCUGUUUGUAAACUGAAUUAUAAGGAUGUCCGACUCUCUGCAGUUCGAUAUAGAUUUUUACCAAUCAAACUAUGUUGCUGACGGUGAACAGGAAAGCUCUGGCCGGCCUGAAGACUCUGGAAAAAAAUUCCAACCAGGCCCUUGGCCGCAAUCCGAUUCUUCUCAACCGCUUGAAGGUCAGAUCUUCCAACCCACAGAUGCUUCUCCCUUUCCAUCCAACCAGACUUAUUCCGAUAGUUUCGAUGAAGAGCCACCGUUGCUUGAAGAGCUGGGAAUCAACUUCCAUCACAUUUGGCAAAAAACAUUAACCGUGCUGAACCCCAUGACGGCUGAAGCCACCAUUAUGAAUGAGACAGACCUGGCUGGGCCUUUCGUCUUCUGCUUGGCCCUGGGGUCGAUGUGGCUCUUGGCGGGAAAAGUCCAUUUUGACUACGUGUACGGCACCAGUGUGAUCGGCUGCCUAGCGAUCCAUGCUUUGUUGAAUCUGAUGAGCGUUGUGGGGGUUUCCCACGGGUGCGUCGCAAGUGUGCUGGGCUACAGUCUGUUGCCCAUGGUGAUCUUGUCCACCUGUGCCGUAUUUUUCUCCUUACAAGGGGUCCUUGGGACUCUGGUGGCCCUGAUCAUUAUUGGAUGGUGCAGCCUCUCAGCCUCCAAAAUCUUCGCGUCCACGUUGGCUAUGGAAGGGCAACAGGUUUUGGUGGCUUAUCCUUGUGGUCUACUCUAUGGACUUUUGGCCCUCAUCACCAUUUUCUGAGCUUUGCUAGCAUCGCCGGAGGUUGCCUCCUUCCUCUACCGCAGUGGUGGGCAACUACGUCGCUUUCAUGACUUGUGGACUUCAACUCCCAGAAUUCCCGAGCCAGCGUCGGUGCCAUCACCGCCUUGCCAUACAGGGAUGGUAUUUACUUACUUUCCCUACCAGUUCGCAAAUGUGAGCGCCUGCGCAGGCACCCAGCCUUCCGCGCAUGUGCUUUGCUGACGUGUGUGCCUUCCGUGCAUGCGCCCGGCCAGGGGUGAAAUGUUCCCGGUUCGGACUGGAUCGGGUGAUCCGGUAGCAAUUAUGGCAGGUGGUUCGGAGAACUGGUAGCGGUGGCGGUGCGAGGCUCCGCCCACCCGCCCGGGUGUCGUUACUUCCUGCUUUUAGAAGGUUAAAAAAAGGCUCUGACGAUCGUGCGCCACAGCUGUGAUUGUCAGAGUCUUUUUAAAAACCGGAAACAUACUUAUUAGGAAUACUGACAAAGGACUACAAAAAAGAGACACAAUAUUUGAUAAUACACAUUCUGACUGCAGCUAGAAUUACUUUCGCACAAAUGUGGAAACUGGAUGAUACGCCAUCAGAGGAAAAAAACAAUACAAAAAACAAUGGAAUGUGCGGAAAUGGACAAACUUACCAAAGAAAUACAGGGAAAAGAAGACUCAGAUUACUACUUAAUUUGGCAAAAAUGGUACAAUUUGUUAGAUAAAAAGAACACGAAAUAAGGGAAUACCACCCAAGGAUACAAAAAUAAGGAAAUAAAAUGAAAUAUUGUUAUAUAAACAUCGUUAUAUGAUGAAGGAUAUAUAUACAUAGAUACAUAGAUAUAUGAAUUACCGAAGUAGCUCUAUUUUCAAAGCUCAAGCUGUAUGACCUGAUUUUACUGUAUAGUUAGUUUAUGUAUAGUUUGUUUAAAUGUGUAGGUCUGUAUAUGUAUGUUUGUUUAUUAUUAAUAAAAAAUUAAAAAAAAAAAAACCUUUUAAAUGCAUUUUUUUUACUACCGGCUCGGGUGAGCCAGUCAUAAAAAAAUGCUUUAAAAUAGGGGUGGGGGAAGGCUCUGAUGAUCGCGUGCGACAGCUGAUCACCUCCCCUGCGCUGUUCUACUUACCUUCCCAAGCUUCCUUUUGAUGUGCACCCUUACCCUAACCCUAACCCUACCCUAUCCUAUGCUACCCUACCCUACCCUACUCUACCUUACCUUACCCUUGUUAAGGAUAUUGUUGUUGUGUUACCAACCAGCAGAGUAAAUGCACAAGGAAACGUUGCUGAGAGCAAUGAAUAAGAGAUAUGCUGUCAGGGUUUUGAUCGAUCCCAUUUUUGGCUCUGGGAUAAUCUCACCAUUAAUUAGAGGAUGGACCGUGGCUUUCUCCAAGUUGCAAUAUUCUGAAAUAAAACCCGAAGAAGUAUUCUCUAAUAAAACUCUUUUAUUUGUAAAAAGUAACAAAACAUCUAUCUAUCUAAUUAGCUACAUCUUGGCAGCGUUCCUCUGCCAGACCAUUCCUGGCAGAGAGAACAAAGGAAAGAGAGUGUGAAGCAAAUGAAAGAAUGCGGACAUGCGUAGUAGCUUUUGAUAACAAUUCUUGGCAAGCUACGGAAAGUCUGAUAGUCCAGAAAUAAUGAGCUCAGCUGGUAAAUACAAGAACGCAGUGACAUAUGCAAACUGGUUUAUCAAAAGCUUACUUUUAUAGUAGAAAAACAAAUCUUUAAACAAAUUCCAAGUCUUUGCCAGUUAAAUCAGUCCAGUAGUUACAGAUAUCUUCUUACCCAACAGUUAGAAUAACAAACUCACUCUGGUUCACAAACCACGAUGGUUGCAGAUCCAUCAAAAGAUGAUUAGCAGAUAGCAACUCCUCUCAAUGGCAGCAUAUCAUACUCUGGUAGCAUAUCACAUCAGCUUCAUCAUCAAACUGAAUACGUUACAAUACCUUGCUUAAAUACUCUCACAACCAGUCAUUACCUAAUUACAGAAUGACUCAGCAUUAAAGUCACAUCAUACAUUUACAGAUUAAAGUUACAGUACACUUAUUGUCAGCGCUGCAACGCUGGCAUAGAGAGCAGAGGAGAGAGAGAGAUAAGCUCUGAACUUUUGCCUGCUAAAUCCCUUUGAAGUCGGGUUGUCGUGGAAAUGAGGAGAUCACCCGGACAAGCCGGGAGGGGGUGGGGUACCCCCUCGGAGGGGGUGAGGUACUAAACUUGUUGUUUAUCUCACGCAGGCCCUGCUGGGAGAGUGAAGGGAGAGGGGCCGGAUGUUAGCGCUGCAACGCUGGCAUAGAGAGCAGAGGAGAGAGAGAGAUAAGCUCUGAACUUUUGCCUGCUAAAUCCCUUUGAAAUCAG